AUGUUCAUUCUUAACCGCACGCGUGAGAACUCAAAAAGAGCACUAACCAGGGCUGACGGAUGGGCACUCCGCCUUAGUCCCUACAACUACGAAGUACAAUUUGUUAAAGGACGCAACAAUAUCGCUGACCCGUCGUCCAGACUUUAUGUAGGAACAGAUGUCGCAUUCGAUGAAGAAAAGAGCCCCUGGGAAAUAGCCUGCCUCAAUUCAACCAAAGAGAAUUUCCUUACAGAGAGCAAGAUAAAAGAAGCUACGGAGAAGGAUACAGUACUCCAAAAAGUCAUCGUAUCGUUGGAAUCAGGGGAAUGGACACCUGAUCUGAACAAGUUUCGCUCUGUUGCAAAAGAACUUUCUCUACAGAACGGCUUGAUAGUGAAGAAUGGUUGCGCAGUAAUACCAGAAACUCUGAAAGAACGCACUUUGUCGCUGGCACAUGAUGGUCACCCCAGAAUAGCGAAACUGAAGAGUAUCCUAAGGGAACGUGUAUGGUGGCCGGGAAUGGCAGCCGAUGCCGAAAAAUGGGUCGUAUCAUGCAAAACAUGCGCAAUGAACGGUAUGCCCGAAAAGCCAACCCCGAUGAUGCGCAUAUUUGCCCCUCAGUCCGUUUGGGAAACAAUUGCACUUGAUUUCAAUGGUCCAUACAUAAAACUAGGCGGAAUAUCUAUUUUGGUAAUCGUAGAUUACCGGUCUAGAUACCUUAUCACUCGCGCAGUAAGAUCAACCAGUUUCGAACACACCAGACGAGUCCUCGAAGAGGUGUUCGACAGGGAAGGUUUCCCAUCAACCAUGCGUUCGGAUAAUGGACCACCGUUUAAUAGUGUCGAGUAUCAACGAUACUGUACAGAGAGAGGAAUAAACGCGGUAUUUUCCACCCCAUUGUUCCCUCAACAGAACGGUCUGGCGGAGAAUUAUAUGAAGCUUGUGAACAGGGCUAUGGCGUCUUCCACUGUUAAUGGUACGAAGUUCUCAGAUGAGCUGAGGGCCGCUGUUAACGCUCACAACGCUGCUGCUCACUCGAUAACUGGCAUACCACCAGAAGAGGUAAUGAUGGGCCGGAAAAUCCGACGCCGUCUGCCGCUUUUGAAUUACCAGAGAGCGAAUUAUAGAAAAGAAACUUUGGACGAGAGGGAUAGAGAAGCUAAGCUGUCGGGUAAAGAGAGAGAGGAUGCACGUCGGGAAGCCCGGGAGUGUCGCGUGAAACCAGGCGACACCGUGAUCAUUGAACGAUCCAACAAGCUGAAGGGUGAAACCAGAUUCGACCCUCAGCGGUAUGUCGUUCUUGAAGAAGCUAACGGCAACCUCACUCUUAGUAAUGAUGGAGCCAUUCUUAAACGUCAUGUUACUCAGACGAAGAAAGUAGGAGAAUGGCGUAAGGAUGAAGAAAAAGAAACUAUGAUACGUGACCGUGGAACCGUAGAAGAACGCCCAGUGAGACAGAGAACAUCGCCAUUAUAUCUGAAAGACUUCGUUAGAAAUGUCAGUGACUCCUUUUAA